AUGGCCUGGACAUUAUAUAAUAUUGCCAAGACCGCGACUCAGCUUGGUGGUGGAAUGGCUCUCCUAGCGUUACUUGGUCUUUACUACUACCAGAACUCAAUUAUAUACCCAGCGUCAUUAAAUGAUGGUCAUGGAUACUGUGCUACCCCGGAUGAAUACGAUAUACCCUAUGAGGCAGUAAACCUCACCACGACGGAUGGAGAAACACUUCAAUGCUACUCGAUGAAACAGGAUAGCAAGAGCCCCAACUAUACCAACAAAACGGUACUUAUACUUUCUCCAAAUGCGGGAAAUAUUGGCCACAGUUUGCCCAUUGCUUCGAUUUUCUAUAAGAAGUUUGGAUACAAUGUAUUUAUAUAUAGCUACAGGGGAUAUGGGAAAUCAACUGGUGCACCAAGUGAGGUGGGGUUAAAAAAGGAUGCAGACACAGUCGUGGAAUACUUGAGCGAAAACGACCGUCAGUAUCAACAAUCGUCAAUAGUGUUGUACGGAAGAUCAUUGGGAGGUGCAGUUGCUAUCUACAUUGCUGCAACUAAAUCCGCCUCUAUUGAUGGUAUGAUUUUGGAAAACACAUUCUUGUCAAUCAAAAAAACAAUUCCUCAUAUUUUUCCCAUUUUGAAAUAUGUCACAAGUUUUGUUCAUCAACGAUGGGAUCUGGAGCUGCUACUUGCAAAAGUCUCGCCAAAGCUUUCAGUAUUACUCCUCAGUGCCCGCAAAGAUGAAAUUGUCCCACCUCAACACAUGGACGAGAUUUACAGAUUGUUACCCAGUGACUGCAAGGAGAUUGUAAAGUUUGAAAAUAGUUACCACAACGACACUGUUUUGCAAGAGGCUUAUUGGGACACAAUUCAUACAUUUAUCAAAGACAAAGUUAACCCUGUAGGCUUGUGA